AUGUCUCUGAUCAUCGACCCCACACUCAGGAUAGGAAGGACAUCGGAGUGCUCUGAUGAGACAAACUUCCGCAACGCCGUUAUGGUGUGUCACGACAUCUGUAUGCCUCCUUUGCACAGGAUCCGCGAGCCUGGAUGGUAUAUAGUUGCAGGCUGCCCCGUCGGAACCUUUGAGACGCUUCCUGUUGGCAUUACCACUUAUGACACCCGUCAGUCCUCCGAUAGGAAUUGUGUGUCACUCGACUUCUCAGCCGUCCAUUUCCCUAGAAGAUCAUUGCUCCGUUUCUCUGAACGAGAACCUUACGGUGUGAGCAUAGGAAACUGCUCCAAGGCGCCGCUCACAGAAACAAGGACGAGCCAUUGGUCGCCUAAAGCCGGAAAUCCCCUCGACCAACGCACUAGGAGUGACAGUCUUCCAUUCCAUUCGAGACUCCUCAUUUGCGGCAGUGUUUCUCACUUUUCCAACCUACCGCACCCUCCGGAACACAUGGGUUCCGACGAAGCUCUCCAAAGUUGGAUUGGGGUCGUGGCCCAAAUGAAACUCGAUUUUGAGCGUCAAAAAGACACCCUGGCACGAUCUCAUAUGGAUGAGCUUUCGGCUUUGUUCUGCGACCUGGAUGAGGACCUGCGGUUGUUCGACGAGCUCGGCUCUGAGACGUCUACAUUGAUGAGACGGUACCAGAAAGAGCUGCGCCAGCAUCGUUUGGAAGCACAGGAGAGAAAUCACCGCUUUUCAACUGAAAAGCUAGAAGCGGCUGAAGCAUCAGCUUUCCGGGACCUCUUAGUAAAGCUUCCACCUGUCUCUGUGCCCGAUCUUGGGCCGACGACAUCCAGUCCACACCCAAGCCAUUCAGGUCCAGCAGGACUCCCUAGAGGCCCUGCCGCUUUUGGACCCACCACGAAUCUGUCCAUUUCGGCAAUCACUCCAAGACCCGAUCUGGAUCAAUCGGUGCAGCAGGGGUUCUCAACGUCGGAGCAGCCAGCGUUCCGCGGAGUUCCUGGCUCUCGAACCAAGGUGUUACCGGACAGUCACCUCGCCUCGCCACACAGGGACCAUCCGAGUGUGCGCAUUCUGCCCACCAAAAAGCGAGCCAGAUCAGACAAGACUGAGCUAUCCAGCAAAUCUGAUGAUUGUCUGUCAGACACGCCGGCCAAGAGGCUCCGCACGCAGGGUCUACUGGCCCUCACGGAGACGGAUUACGACAAAUGCCCGUCUAUGGAAAUUGUCGACAUACAGAUGUCGCCUCCAAAACCACGUCUCAACAUUCGUUUCAAGGUUUGGAACCGAAUUAGAGGCCUUUGGCAGGAUUGGAAACCCGAAGGUGGCUUGAGGGAGAAAAGCCUGUCAGAGGUCCACGAUGAGCUUCCGCUAAGCUGUGGCUCGACUAUUCGGAGUCUUGCAUUCCAUUUGAUAGGGGAGAACCUGGAUGCAAAUGAGACCAUACGCUUGAGAGGGGCCGGCGAAAGCCAUUUUGACCACAUGAAGGAGUCGUUUACGAGGUGGUUCGAAAGCUAUGACAAUGCCCUGCACCAGACUUUUACACUCGAGAUUCAGGUGGGCGAAGCGUAG